GCAGCACCUCCUCGGGGGGGAUUGGAUCAGUUUACACCGAUGCCAAGGGGUUCCAGGAGAAGGAGAUCAGAGAGAAACUCCAAGCUUUCCCUGGGGGAUCUAUAGACCUUGUCAAACAGGAGUCGGGCAUCGCUGUACUGACCGUCAACAACCCUGCUCGCAUGAACGCUUUCUCUGGUUCCAUGAUGGUGGAGCUGGAGGAGAGGGUGUCCCAGCUAGAGGAGUGGACGGAGGGCAAAGGUCUCAUCAUCCAGGGGGCUGCUGGGACAUUCUGCUCUGGGUCAGAUCUCAACGCAGUCAGGGCUAUAUCCAACCCUCAGGAUGGGAUGAAGAUGUGUACGUUCAUGCAGAAUGCCCUGACCAGACUACUGAGGUUACCUCUGUUGUCUGUAGCUCUGGUGGAAGGGAACGCACUGGGGGGAGGAGCUGAACUCACUACUGCCUGUGACUUUAGGUUGAUGGCGCCGGGCAGUGUGAUCCAGUUUGUCCAUAAACACAUGGGUCUGGUCCCUGGUUGGGGCGGUGCAGCUAGAUUGGUACGCAUCGUAGGCGGCCAGAACGCCCUGAAGAUGCUGGGUGGCGCUUUGAAAAUAGACCCAGAGAUGGGGCUUCAGAUUGGGCUUGCGGACGGGGUCCUGGAAGGUUCCCUGGCUGGGUCUGGAGCCAAUGCCCUCCUGGAGGCAGAGCAGUGGUUGGGAUGCUACACCACGGGUCCAGCCCCGGUCAUCAGAGCCAUAAAGAGCGUGGUGGUGUCUGGGAGAGAGCUGCCCCUGGAGGUGGCCCUGAGGACUGAGAGGGACGUGUUCGGGACAGUGUGGGGAGGACCGGCUAACCUACAGGCUCUGGCCACUAAGGCCAAACACAAGUGAAUUAACUAAUCUUGUGAUUACAUUGUAGCCCGUCCUAAUGUUCUGGAGAAACCUAGAACGUCUGGAGUGGAAGUUGUGAACCAACCCACACUGAGACUGAACUGGAACAUUAGGAUGGGCUGUAGAGGGUCUGAACUCAACCAGAACUAGUGUAUUCAUUCUGACGAUUCUGUUGCUAAAAAAAAAAAAAAAGGUAUCUUAAAAACAGAAGCAAACGAAUCCUACUUGUAUUUGUCCAAUAUCAACUAUAGUUUUAGUUGGGAAAUGUUUUGAACCCAUCAGGCAGAAUGAAUACAUCCCUGGACUGUGCUCUGGGAGUUUGACAGUGCCCAAUGACAGAUUUAUAUUGCUGUGUUGUGAGUGACCACUAACAAUCUAUUAUUUCAGUGAAGGAAUUGUUGUUGACUGUUGGGACAAUUAUAUGGGCCCAUCUAAAAGUGGUGAUGUAAUAUGUAUCAGUGGAGAGUCCGAUACACUAGUUGUGAAGAUGGUAUUGUGCCUUUUGACCUUUGUGGGUCUACUACAGUCCAUUAACACCAGGGGUGACUGAGCACCAGGGGUGACUGAGCGCCAGGGGGUGACCGAGCGCCAGGGGGGUGACCCAACGCCAGGGGGGGUGACCCAACGCCAGGGGGUGACCCA